ACACACAGUCACAUACACACACACACACUUUAACAAAUGACCUGCCAUUGUGAGUGAUCGUUGUGCCAAGGGCGGAGCUUAAAUGGCUACAGUUUGCUGUUAUUAGACGAAGACAAGCUGUAAAUGGUGGCUUAAUGGUCAAAGAAAAUAAGCAAACAACCCUCAAAACACAAAAGGCAAAUGCGAGCUCGCUCGCACCGCCAGAGCAUGCCAGGGGUGGUGCAAAAAACAACCCCUAACCACCGGUGUGUCUAUAUAAAGUGCAUGGCACAGCCCUAACAGCUAACCAGUAACGCUCAGACUCCGAUCGUGUGAGGUGUUCGCCACGCAUACAUACACAAAAUCCCAAGCAACUCAAUCCAACAGAAAUGUCGCGUUCUUUCCUCAUGGACUCGCUGCUCAGCGAUAUGCCACCGCUCAAGAAGAACAAGGAACCACUUGGAUCACCCACGGCCAAUGUUACCGCCGCCGCCGUGGCUGCCACAGCUGCAGCAGCUGCAAUGCUACCGGGCAUACCAAUGUUACCAUAUCCAGCUAGCUAUGUGGGCAGCUAUCUAUUCUCACUCGGUAUACAACAACAGCAACAACAGCAGCAACAACAACAACAACAGCAACAGCAUCAAGCGGCGGCUGCAGCAGCGGCUGCCGCUGUCCUUAAGCAUCCCCACGGAUCACUUUAUCAUCCUUAUGCACAGUUCUUUGCAUCCAACAAGCGCAAGUCGAGUGGCUUUGGCAACUAUGAUGACUGCUAUCCAUCGCCACCACUCUCGGCCAAUGCCAUUGGACCUGGCAGCAGCCACACACAACAGACUCUGCCGCCGACGGCUGUCUACGGCUUAACUGGUGGUCUGCCUGUGCACGAGGCUGGAGCUUUCUGUACCUCACCAUCGGCAUCAUCGAGUGCCUCAUUGGAUUUUGCCAAUGCCGAAGAGCCGCAAACGAAACGCUUCAAACACGAGUCCUCCUGCUCGCCCGUCAGUUCACCCAUUAAAUCUCAGGGAGCUAGUCUGGAGAUUACACCACUGAUCAAUGACUAUGCUGAUUCCAGCAAACGCAUCCGCACAGCCUUCACCAGCACUCAGCUAUUGGAGCUGGAGCGUGAGUUCUCCCACAAUGCAUACUUGUCGCGCCUGCGCAGAAUCGAGAUUGCCAACCGGCUGCGACUUUCGGAAAAGCAAGUGAAGAUUUGGUUCCAGAAUCGACGCGUCAAACAAAAGAAGGGCGGCUCCGAGAGUCCCACAUUUAACCUAUCAGCCAACUCAAGCAGCCCACAAACUUCGCCAUCGCCCAAAUGUUGUGAAUUAAAGAUAAGCGCAUAGAAUCAAUUGUUAAUUGAAUGUUAUUUGUACAAACGUUUUUAUUAGUUUUAUUGUCAAAUAGUCUUUAAAUUGUAUAUACUCAUGUUAAAUAGCCUAA